CCGGCCUGUCGGUGCGCGGGGGGCGGCCCGCGGGGCUCGGGCUCGCUCAGUCCGUGCGCGGGAGGCCCCACGCGCGCAGUCUGGCCGCUCGGUGCCCGCCGCGUCCCCCGCACGCCCGGGGCGUCCCGGCGCCUCCGUGGACGAGCUGGGCUUGGGAGGACAUGCGGUCCGCGUCCAGCGCUUUCGGUUCUCGGGCCCGGGGGCCGAGGGGCCGGCGCUGGAGGUCCGCGUGCCGCAGGUUCUGCAUCUCCAGUAUGGAAUGUACGUCUGGCCCUGUGCCGUGGUCCUGGCCCAGUACCUGUGGUUCCACAGAGGAAGUCUGCCGAGCAAGGCUGUCCUAGAGAUCGGAGCUGGUGUGAGUCUCCCAGGAAUCGUGGCUGCAAAGUGUGGCGCUCAAGUCACGCUGUCAGACAGCUCUGAGCUGCCGCACUGUCUAGCCAUCUGCCGGCAAAGCUGCCAGAUGAACAGCCUGCCGGAGAUGCCAGUGCUGGGGCUAACGUGGGGCCACGUGUCUCCAAGUCUCCUCGCCCUACCACCCCAAGAUAUUAUUCUUGCAUCUGAUGUGUUCUUUGAGCCAGAAGACUUUGAGGACAUCCUCACUACAGUAUACUUCCUGAUGCAAAAGAACCACAGAGUGCAGCUGUGGUCCACCUACCAGGUCAGGAGUGCCGACUGGUCGCUGGAAGCUUUGCUCUACAAGUGGGACAUGAAAUGUGUUCACGUUCCCCUGGCGUCUUUUGCUGCCGACAGGGAGCACAUAGCAGACUCGGCCCUCCCAGGGAGACACACAGUGGAAAUGCUGGUCAUCUCCCUCGCCAAGGGAGCUGGACCCACACAGCUGUCGGCAUGA